AAUUGGAAGUUUCAGUAUAUAUACAUAAAAAAUCGACUGUCUUCUAGUUCACUUCAAAUUUGAGCGAAUCAACUACCUUCUACUAAUACAUUCCUUCCCAGCACUAGUGCAUCUUGAAUAGCUUGACGAUAUAGUGCAUUUUUCAUGCAAGGCCUCGUCUCGUAGUCUGCGUAAGCAGCUCAAGUUGCAAAUACCCACGGUUUACGAACGACUCCCGACCUAUAUUUAAAUAGACGAACAUUCAGCAGGACUUAUUUAAUCAAUGUCGUGUGCGCAGUAAAGCCCUUCUGACAGCUACAGUUCAAAACAAGGGCACUUCGUGAAUAAAAGCGGCCUUGCUAACGGCGACGGAAUUAACGGGCACCACGAGACACUGGAAGGUGAGGAAGCGUUGGCGAUCAUACGACGGAACCUCAAGUCAAAUGCCAUGGACAAUGAAGGGACGCACUUUGAUUGUAAUAUUCCACAUGUUUUCGUAGUUUUUGGAGCUUCUGGUGACUUGGCGAAAAAAAAAAUUUAUCCAACACUGUGGUGGUUAUACCGAGACAAUCUGCUUCCAUCAGUAACUAAAUUCGUAGGUUAUGCUCGCAGUAAACUGUCGGUAGCCGAGCUGCGAAGUAAAUGCCAUUCUUACAUGAAGGUUGAACACGACCAGCAGGAGAGGUACGAACAGUUUUGGGCCCUGAACUUCUAUGUCGCUGGGAGCUACGAUGCUCGGCGGGACUUUGAGUUACUCAACCAGGAGCUGUGUAAGUUUGAAAUCGGGAAAACAGCCAAUCGCUUGUUCUACUUGGCAUUGCCGCCGUCCGUGUUUGAACCGGUUACAGUGCACAUCCGCAACACUUGCAUGGGUUCGAAGGGUUGGAAUCGGAUCAUAGUAGAAAAACCCUUCGGGCGAGAUGCGGACAGCUCGAAUACACUGAGUGCGCACCUGGCCAAAUUGUUUAACGAGGAUCAACUCUAUCGAAUUGAUCACUAUUUGGGCAAAGAGAUGGUGCAGAAUUUGAUGACGAUUCGAUUCGGAAAUCAGAUUUUCAGUCCGACCUGGAAUCGGAAUAAUGUGGCCUCGGUGUUGAUUUCAUUUAAAGAACCGUUUGGUACUCAAGGUCGGGGCGGUUACUUUGACGAUUUCGGAAUCAUUCGUGAUGUUAUGCAGAAUCAUCUGUUGCAGAUCUUGUCUCUGGUGGCCAUGGAGAAACCGGCAACGUGUCAUCCGGAUGAUAUACGUAAUGAGAAGGUUAAGGUGUUGAAGAGCAUUACAUCCCUUACAAUCGAUGAUGUUGUUUUGGGACAGUACAUUGGUAACCCCAACGGUCAAGAUGACGAUUCCCGUAUGAGUUAUUUGGAUGAUCCGACUGUUCCGAACGACUCGGUGACUCCAACGUUUGCUCUUGCCGUACUUAAAAUCAACAAUGAACGAUGGGAUGGUGUUCCGUUUAUCUUGAGAUGCGGUAAAGCUUUGAAUGAACGGAAAGCUGAAGUUCGCAUUCAAUAUCAGGAUGUACCGGGGGACAUUUUUGAUGGUAGACCUAAACGUAACGAACUUGUGAUUCGCGUUCAACCAGGCGAAGCGUUGUAUGUUAAAAUGAUGACUAAGUCACCUGGUAUUACGUUCGAUAUGGAAGAAACGGAAUUAGAUUUGACUUACGGCCAUCGUUAUCAUGAUGUCAAACUGCCAGAUGCUUAUGAGCGACUGAUUUUGGAUGUUUUUUGUGGCUCCCAGAUGCACUUUGUACGAUCAGAUGAGCUUAGUGAAGCUUGGCGAAUCUUCACACCCUUGCUGCACUAUAUCGAACGAGAGCGUCCAGAACCAAUCAAGUAUAUCUAUGGUUCUCGUGGACCGAAAGAGGCGGAUAGCAAAUGUGAUGAGGCCAAUUUUAAAUACUAUGGUUCGUACAAAUGGCAUCGGAAGCACUGAACUGGGACGAUCAUCCAUACUUGAUUGACUUAAUCAUUGAACUUUGUUUUUUUUUGUUAAUUUGCACUCGAAAUCAUUUUAUAUUUAUUAAACUCAUUUGGUAUUUUUCACUCGAUGUAUACAAUACAAACGUAAGGGCAGCCGUACCUUUAGAAGGGGCCAAUAAUUCGUAUAACGAAAGGAUUCAUGGAAUACUCUCAUCUCAUCAUUGUUAUGGAUUGAAGAUUGCAUUUUGAACAUAUUUUGACUUUUGUAAUAAAAAUCCAAAUAAAACAUUCUGAAACCGUAAAA